AUGAAGCUCAGCACUUUCCUAGCCCUCCUAGUCUCAGCAGCAGCUGAGGCCCACUACGUCUUCCCCUCCAUAGCCAACACCCCAGACUGGCAAUACGUCCGCCAAACGACCAACUUCCAAAGCAACGCCCCCGUUACCGACGUCAACUCUGACCAAAUCCGCUGCUACGAGCGUAUACCAGGCCAAGGUGCCCAAGGAAUCUACAACGUCACGGCCGGCAGCGUGCUUAACUAUAACGCCCGCGCAUCCAUUUCUCAUCCCGGCCCUAUGGCCGUAUACAUCGCCAAGGUUCCCGAUGGGCAAAGCGCUCGCACCUGGGAUGGAAAGGGGAGGGUCUGGGCGAAGAUUUAUCAGGAUUAUCCUAGCAAGACCUCCAUCCCAGUAACCAUCCCCCGCUGUCUGCAGAACGGCGAAUACCUCCUUCGGGCGGAGCACAUCGGUCUGCACAGCGCAAGCAGUCCCGGCGGUGCACAGUUCUAUAUCUCUUGCGCGCAGAUCAGUGUGUCGGGAGGGAGUGGCACGUGGAAUCCGAAGAACUUGGUCAGCUUCCCUGGCGUAUAUACCGCGACACAUCCGGGCAUCCAGAUUAAUAUUUAUUGGCCGGUGCCGACGAGUUAUACGCCUCCCGGGCCUGCGGUUGAGACGUGCUAA